CGCUAGCACUGGCACGAUAUUCCAUAAACUCAUAUUUAUUUUAAUAUUAAAUUUGACAUACGUCACAAAUUUGUUUAAUUAUGCUGUAGUGUUUUUUUGUAUUUUUUGUAGUUAUUAAUUUUCUGUUUAGUUCCAACAAAAUUUUAACGUAAACUAAAUUUAUUUGUUUUGUGUAGUGUCCCAAUGUCCUCCACGUUGAUUUUCGUUGGCCUGCCUGAAGAUUCUAGAAGUUCUAUCACGAAGGUGCCGAACGCGCCCAAGAGCUGCAUUGCAGAGAUCUUCAACGGAGACCAGACUGAUGGUAGUCCGGUGAAGAAUGGUGCGGCUCGACCCCGCGUGGUUCGCGACACCCCGACCCGCCCCCGGGAUACGCACUCCCGGCUCUUCGGUCAGGUGCGUCAAUCAAAUGCUGUAAACCACCCAGUAUCUCCGAUGGUGACUGACACGAUCCGCAGUCACAUUCAGUUCGGCGACUCCGAGAUGAACGGUUCGAGCCCAACGCACUCGCCGUCCAAGUCCGCCGGCAACGGCACCGCCACAUCCACGCCCAGCCGAGAAGGUAACCCGAUCACCGGUGAUGGCUACAAGUCGAUGAACGGCCAGAUCAACACGGUGACGUCAAUAAACGGCAACAGCCACAUGAUCAACUCCAGCCGCGUGCCGCCCGGCGGCUUCUCCUCCGGCCUCUGGUAGACCACACUCUACUGACCACCCACCUACACAACCACUCCACGGUGACCGACCAGCCACAAUAGCCGCCUAGCUAUCGGCAUGCGCAAACCGACUUACUCUAAAGCCGAUGCUUCAUUCGAAAACAAUUCGAAACUUAAACCAAGCCACCAUAACAUAAGUUUGAGCCUAUAUUUAUUGUUAGCCUCAAGUCGAGGCAGAUAUGUCAACCAGUCUGCCUCGAUUUGAGCAAACGCCUCGAAUCAAGCAACGGCUCUAAAGUACAUUUAACGGUACAUAAUGAAAAAAUGCAUUUAGUUCACUUCCUUAUUAUUUGUUUAAUCAACUAAAUUCGAGUAGUAGGUAUUGGCAAAACUAGUAACGCCAUUAAAUUAUUGCACUCGUAAAUUGCAACGUCCACUAAGAUUUGGAAGGGUAUAUGUUGUUAAUUACAUCCUUAGCCUAUCCCAGUAACAGUUUCAUCAUUUGGAUCUAAUUUAGAAUAGAUUAUAGAUAUUUUUGUAAUAGUAAUAUUCGAUAGUUAUUGUAAAGUUAAUAGAUCGCGAUGUGGAACUCGGCAAUCAUAAUGAGCAAACUGCAGUAUCGCGCGAUCAUCAAUCUCUCAGACAGUUUCCUUUAUGAUUACAAAGUUGCACAUUACAUUAUCUUAAGAACUUGAAAUUGUACUCUUUCACACUUGUACGAAUAUGUUAACCCAUUGAUAUUGUGAAUUUAGGAGUGAGGAAACGUAUCAGCAAUAUACCAAAACGAAUAGUGCCUUGAUCGAAGAUGAGAAAAAUUCUGAAAGAAUUGAUGUACAUUUGUGUAGGCGUAAAGUACUAAGCAUGAAGAUUUAAUGAUUAUAUAUCUAUAUUUCGCGGUAUAGAAAUAGUAAUCAUGCGGCACUCCAGCUAAUUGAUACAAAUUAAUUAACCUUAACUUUAAUAUUCGACACUGCAUAAGGGUCUGUAAUCUCAUUUGUUGAAUUUCAUUAUCUUAAUAUUUAAAUAGAGGGAUUUAUAAAAUGCAUUUAUUUAAACUUUUUAUACGAGUUUAUUUUAUUUUUUAGUUUAUUUUCUACUCGUUUAGAAAUUAAUGUAAUGAUGGAUUUGAAUUCUUGGUAGAUUAUCUGUUAACAUAAUAGAUGAUCAUGUGUGUAUGGAUAUGAAGUGAUGUCUCUAUGCGUAGCGGCAACAAUCCGGUAGACUUAGCGUAGGCAUAUCAUCUUUGUAAAAACUUUUUAAUAUUAUCUAACAUGAAAUCGCAUAAUCACUGGCCUAAUUGUAACAAAUGUUAAUAGAUAAUAACCAUUAUUUCAAAAUAAAGUUUUUUAUUAAUUA